CCACUCGGGAUAGCUCGGGGACAGUUCUGACGGCCGGGACAGCUGCUCUCGGCCAGCGUGGCAGAGGGUGAACGAUUUCUUCCAUCUGCUGCAUCCGCCGAGAGAUUUGUCUGGCUCAUAACCAUCUAUCACCAAUUUCCACCAUGGCCGUCGCAGCAACCACCUCGGUCGAGAGCAAAGAUGAAAAGCAGGCCUCGACGACAGCUUCCAUCCCGUCGCUGCCGCUAUUUCUCGCCGCCAAACAGCACGCCGAAACCGAGCCGGAGAAAGUUGCGGUAGUUGACGUGACCAAAGGCCAGAGCUUCACCUUUGCUCAACUUCUGGCAGACGCCGCGGCGCUCAAGCAGCAGAUUCUGGACCAAUUGUCGCUCGUGGAUGCUGCGGAUCUCGACGAGCGACGCAUCGCGUUUCUUAUCCCGAAUGGGUACGACUAUGUGGUCACUCAAUGGGCUGUCUGGGCUGCCGGAGGUGUCUGCGUGCCAUUGUGUACUACUCACCCCGUCAAAGAGCUCCUGUAUACCAUCGGCGACUCCGAUCCCUCCCUGAUAAUCCUUCACCCGGCCUUUGAGAAGUUCCACUCCGCUCUCCAGGAUGGUAUCGGCAAAGCCAUACCCUUCAUGGCACUCACACCCUUCACGAGCAUUAGCAGUGGGAAUGAGACUGGAACAUCGUCAUCAUUGCCACCUUUUACUCCAGCCUUCUCCAUGGACCGCCGCGCCCUCAUGAUCUAUACCUCUGGCACGACUUCGAAUCCCAAAGGGUGCGUGACGACACACAAGAACAUCACCUUCCAGGCAAACUGCCUGGUGCAGGCAUGGCAGUACUCGUCCGCCGACCGACUGAUUCACGUCCUCCCUCUGCACCACGUUCACGGGAUCAUCAACGGGCUGACGGCCAGUUUCCUCGCGGGCACGACCGUCGAGAUGCACCCGAAGUUCGACCCGGCGACGAUCUGGACGCGGUGGCAAGCCCGCGGCUCCUCAACCAUGUUCAUGGCCGUGCCCACCAUCUACGCACGGUUGGUGGACUAUUUCGACGCCCACCUACGAGGAACAGACGCCGAGUCUGCCGCGCGCGAAGGGGCAGCGGCGUUGCGGCUACUGGUCAGCGGAUCGGCGGCGCUGCCGACGCCCAUCAAGGCCCGCUUCGCCGAGAUCACCGGCCAGACCCUACUGGAGCGGUACGGGAUGACCGAGAUCGGGAUGGGGAUCAGCUGCGGGCUGGAGGUGGCAAGCCGUAUCGACGGGAGCGUCGGGUGGGCGCUGCCCGGUGUGCAGGUGCGGCUGACAGAGAAAACGAGUGGGCAGGUGGUUGAGACCGUCGACGAGGACGGAAUGAUCGAGGUCAAGGGCGACAAUGUGUUUCUGGAGUACUGGCGCCGGCCUGAAGCGACGGCCCGCGAGUUCACGGCCGACGGAUGGUUCAAGACGGGCGACGUGGCCCGCCGGAGCAGCGAGGGGGCCUACUUCAUCCAGGGCCGCGCGUCGGUCGACCUGAUCAAGUCGGGCGGGUACAAGAUCUCGGCGCUGGAGGUCGAGCGCAAGAUGCUGGGUUUGCCGGAGAUCAAAGAGGUGGCUGUGGUCGGACUGGCGGAUGAAGAAUGGGGACAACGAGUGGCGGCAGUUGUCGUUCAACGAGAAAACACCCCCCCCAUUGAACUCUCCUCACUCCGCGCCCAACUCAAAACAGAAAUGGCCCCCUACAAGAUCCCUACCGUCUUGAAGCUCGUCGACGCGAUCGAGCGCAACGCGAUGGGCAAGGUGAACAAGAAGACCAUCAUCAAGAAGUACUGGCCGUUAGAAUAG